AUGGAGAAUGCAGUGUUAGAGUUUGAUAUAGGUUUAGGAGGGGCAGAUGAUGAUAUUGACAUUGAGCCCCGAGAUGACGAGGAUGAUGAUGAGGCAUCCAAUGUUGGAGGUGGUGUUGGAAGUGGCAGUGGAGAUAAUGCUUACCCAAUGCAAAUUUACUUUCCUGAGGGGGAUCUUGAUCUUGAACCUUACGAGGGGAUGGAAUUCGAGUCCGAGGAGGCUGCCAAAGCGUUCUACAACUCACACGUGUUGGCAGUCUUCAGGGUCACUAAUGUUCUCACACUUCCAUCUCAUUACAUAUUGAAGCGAUGGACAAGAAAUGCUAAGAGUAGUCUUAUCCUAGAAGAGCGGGUUACUGAUCUAUUCAAUGGUUAUCUAGAGUCCCAUACAGUUCGGUAUAAUACUCUUCGGCAUGAAGCCUUUAAAUUUGUGGAUGAAGGUGCAGAAACUUUGGAGUCUUACAAUGUCGCUAUGGCUGCUUUGUUAGAGGCUUCAAAGAAAGUUUCUCUUGCUACAAAAAAUGAGGGGAAGACUUCUACGUCCAAUGGGCGUAUGAGGGAUGUUUCAACAGGGGAUGAAACUAAUAGGGAAUCUCAAGGAAGCUCAGCCCAGCGAUUGUCUGAGGAUGACAUGGAUCAGAAGAUUUGUGAACUUUCUCAGGAGCUGGAGCGUGCCAAUAGGAAGUGUGAAGUAUAUCACACAAACCUCCUUUCAAUUUUGAAGGAUGUAGAGGACCAUAAACAACAAUUAUCUGUGAAAGUUCAAACCAUAAAGCUAACCAUGAAGGAUAAUUGUAGCCUGAGUGAGGCCUGGUUGAUCUGUUAUCAGAAAUAUUACUAUCUUUUGCGUACUUACUACUGUACUGUUAGAUCUCUUUUUUUGAAGGGUGAAAUUCUAAUGUAUGCUGGUACGGGAGUAGCUGGACACUAUUUCUCAUUGUAG